AUGACAUUCCAAGCAGCCUAUCAAAUAGCGUUGUCGAUGGAAACAGCCAACAAGGAAGCCAAGGCGAUUCAAGGCAGCACCUCCUCAGUCAACAAGUUGUCAACAUCUCAGAGAACUGGACCACCAAGAAACAAAAUUAAAGGUGACAAGUACAAACCAUGCACAAGGUGCAACUCGACAGAACAUCUGCCACCAAAUUGUCCUUACAUUUCAGCCAAAUGUAAUAACUGUAGAAAGGUUGGACACAUCUUCCGUGCGUGCCGGAGCGCUAAAACAGAGGAUACAAAAAGGAAACAGCCCAAGGGUAAUCCUAAGCAAUCUACUCAUCACAUUGAUGUUGAGGAGCCAGACGUGGAAGCAGAACAUGAAGAUGUGUUUGAGGAACUGUUCAUGAUUUCUUCUGUACUGCAGGAAGGAGGUACUGGAAAGUGGAAGAAGACUGUGAUGGUAAAUGAAAAGCCAAUGAGGUUUGAGGUGGAUUCAGGGUCAGGUGUUACCUUAGUCAAUAAGGAAGUCUACAAGUCAACAUUUCCAAACAUGCCAUUGACUGAAAGCACAUGCAGACUAGAAGCAUAUCUAGGAACUAACAUUCCAGUAUUGGGAAAACUAAGUGUGAAGGUUGACACGGAGACAGAGAUCAGAACACUGUCUCUAGUGGUGGUGGACGGGAAUGGCUCAUCGUUGUUAGGAAGAAACUGGUUGAAGUACAUGGAACCUUGGAAAAGUGUUCUCUCAACACACAACAUCAAAUCUUCGGGGAUGGGCCAAGACAGCAUUGGUCAACUGUUCACAGAAUUCCCGGAAGUGUUUGACGAAGGUCUAGGACAUCUCAAGGAAUGCACAGUGACAUUAGAUGUCAGAACAGACUCCCAUCCAGUAUUCUGCAAAGCUCGCACAGUACCACUUGCGCUGAAAGAAAAGGUGGAGGAAGAAAUUGAUAGAAUGGAAAAGGAAGAUAUUAUUGAGAGAGUGAAGUACUCACAAUGGGCCACUCCAGUUGUUCCCAUGCUGAAGUCAUCUGGAGAAGUGCGGCUGUGUGGGGACUACAAAACAACUCUCAACAGGUUUCUACAAGUGGAGACUUACCCAAUUCCCAAGGUGGAAGAGCUGUUAGCCAAUUUGAAUGGAGGUGAGGAAUUCACCAAAUUGGACUUGAAACAUGCUUAUCAGCAGUUGGAACUUGAUGAGAAGUCAAGAAGACUGACUACUAUCAACACUUCCAAAGGGCUUUAUCAGUUCAAACGUUUACCAUAUGGUGUGAGCACAGCACCAGCACUCUUCCAGCGGACAAUUGAGAUGGUUCUCAAAGGGCUGAAAGGAGUGGUCGUGUUCAUGGAUGACAUAUGUGUCACUGGCCACAACAAGCAACAACAUAUGUCCAACCUGAAGGCAGUACUAGGAGUACUACAAAAAGCAGGACUGAAACUGAGACAGGUCAAGUGCAAGUUUUUCCUGAAACAGGUGGAGUUCCUUGGUUUCAAAGUGGAUAAGGAAGGAAUACAUCCUACCGAAGAAAAAGUCAGGGCAAUCCAACAAGCACCAGAACCCAAGAAUGUGUCUGAACUUAGGUCAUAUCUGGGAAUGCUGAAUCACUAUGCAAAGUUCAUGCCUAACCUUGCAAGUACAGUGGCACCACUGUAUGAUCUUCUGAAGAAGGACAAGGACUGGUACUGGUCAAAGAAGGAACAAAAAUCAUUCCAGGAAUCAAAAGAGUUCUUAAUCAACGAUACCUUCCUGGUGCACUACAGUUUGGAUAAACCUUUGGUACUAUCCUGUGAUGCUUCACCAUACGGAGUUGGAGCUGUGCUGCAGCACCGCAUCAAUUCGAAGAGAGACCUGUGGCAUACGCUUCUCUAA